AUGAGUAAAAGAUAUAAUUCUUACACCAACAUGCAGUAUAUGGUGCUGGUCCCCUCCCUGCUCCACACUGGGACCCCUGAGAAGAGCUGCCUCCUUCUGAGCCACCUGAAUGAGACAGUGACUGUAAAUGCUUCUUUGGGGUCUCAGAAAAAAAACAGGAGCCUCUACACUGAUCUGGUGGCAGAGAAGGACUUAUUCCACUGUGUCUCCUUUACUCUCCCAAGGAUCUCAUCCUCUUCAGAGGUGGCUGUCUUCAUUGUCCACAUAAAGGGACCAACACAAGACUUCAGAAAGAGGAACACAGUGCUCAUAAAGAAUGAUCAAAGUCUCAUCUUUGUCCAGACAAACAAACCCAUUUAUAAACCAGGACAGACAGUAAAAUUUUGUAUCAUGUCUCUGGAUGAAAAUUUUCACCCCCUAAAUGAACUGAUUCCACUGGUAUACCUUGAGAAUCCAAAAAGAAAUCGAAUUAGACAAUGGCAGAAACUCAAGUUAGAGAGUGACCUCAAACAAUUAGCCUUUUCCCUCUCAUCAGAGCCAAUUCUCGGCUCCUACAAGGUGGUGGUACAGAAGGAAUCCAGCGGAAGUAUAGAGCACCCCGUCUCCGUGGAGGAAUUUGUGGUUCCCAAGUUCGAGGUCAAAGUUCAGGUCCCAAAGAUAAUCGGUAUCAAUGAAGAAAAACUGAACAUAUCCGUAUGUGGAAUAUACACCUAUGGGAAACCUGUCCCAGGACUUGCAACUGUGCGUAUGUGCAGAAAAUUAUUUCAUUCUUUUCAAUGUCAAAUUCAAGAGCUUUGUAAAGAAUUUAGUCAACAGCUCAACAGCAAUGGCUGCAUCACCCAAAAAGUAAACACAAACUCGUUCUAGAUUAACAAUAUAGGUUAUGAAAUGAACGUAGUACUCACGGGAAAUGGGGCAAGUGAAAUCACAAACAUUGCAACCAGACUCAAGUUUGUGAAAGUGAAUUCACACUUUAGAUGAGGAAUACCCUUCUUUGGACAGGUGCUUCUCGUGGAUGGGGAAAAUAUGCACCUCCCCAAUAAACUCAUCUUCAUCUCCUCAAGGGAAGCCAAUUAUUUUUCCAAUGCAACUACCAAUGAACAGGGUCUUGUAGAAUUUUCAAUCAAUACUACCAAUAUAUUGGCUAACAAACUGUUUUAUCAGAUCUACCAUAAGCAACUUAAUUUGUGUCUUAAUUAUGUGUGGAUACAAGAAGAACACAAAAGAACUUAUCACAUGACAAGUCAUGUUUUCUUCUUCAGUGGGAGUUAUGUUCACCUGGAGCCUGUGGCUGGUACCCUACCCUGUGGCCAAACACAGAUCAUCAAGGCAUACUACAUACGCAAUGAGCAGGCCACUGGGGAACUAAAGGAGCUCAUUUUCUCUUAUCUGAUCAUGGCUAAAGGAGGCCUCAUCGGAUCAGGAACACAUGCUCUGUCUAUAGAGCCAAGAGAUGAUGAAGAGUACCCAAAUGAAAAUAGAGAUCCUCUUUAUGACUCUCUGGCUUUUUAUGAUCUAACAACAGCGGAUUUGAGCUUCAGCCCAGCACAAAGUCUUCCAGCCUCACAUGCCCACCUGCGCGUCACAGCUUCUCCUCAGUCCCUCUGUGCCCUUCGUGCAGUGGACCAAAGUGUGCUGCUCAUGAAACCUGAGGCAGAGCUCUCCCCGUCCUCAGUGAUGUAUAAUCCGCUAACUGUAAAGGACCUCACUUAUUUCCCUGAAAAUCCGGACCAGCAAGAGGAAGAACAAGCAAGCUGUACCUAUCCUUAUAACACAGGUAAUGAAGUCCUCUCUAUUCCUGUAGCAAAUUAUGAUGAAGAAGAUAUUUAUAGCUUCCUAAAGGGUAUGGGAUUAAAGAUGCUCACCAACUCUAAAAUCUGAAAACCACAGUCAUGUUCAGUGACUCAUCCACUCACAGGAGCAAGAGGGCAAGGAGGGCGUGUAUUACAAGCAGGAUUAGGAGUUGAAGGGAUUUCAUAUAAUCCUCAAAAUGACUCACAUAAUGUAGUACCUGAAAAUAAUGUACAAAGUCCAGAGGCAGUCUCUGAGACAGUGCAGAAUUAUUUCCCUGAGACCUGGAUCUGGGAGUUGGUGGCAGUCAAUUCCUCAGGUGUGGCUGAAGUAGGAGUAACAGUCCCUGAUACCAUCACUGAGUAGAAGGCAGCCCUCUGCCUGUCCAAUGACACUGGACUUGGCCUCUCUCUUCCCAUCUCUCUCUGAGCCUUCUAGCCUUUCUUAAUAGAGCUCACUAUGCCCUACUCUGUGAUUUGUGGAGAGGCCUUCACACUCAAGCCCAUUGUCCUAAACUACCUUCCCAAAUGCAUAUAUGUCAGUGUGCAAAUGGAAGCCUCUACAGCCUUCCUAGCAGCUCAAAAUGAAAAGGGAAAAGAAUCCUACUGUAUCUGUGUAAACGAAUGGCAAACCUUGUCUUGGACAAUAACUCUUAAAACUCUGGGGAAUGUGAACUUCUCGGUGAGUGCAGAGACAGUGCAGUCCCUAGAGCUGUGUAGAAAUGAGUUUGUUGAGGUCCCUGAGAUUGGAAGGAAAGACACAGUCAUCAAAACCCUGUUGGUGGAAACUGAAGGUAUUGAGCAAGAAAAGACUUUCAACUCUAUGACUUGUGCUUCAGGUACUGAAAAAUCUGAGUGGUUAUCCUUGAAGCUCCCACCAAAUGUAGUCAAAGAAUCUGCCAGAGCCUCUUUCUUAGUUUUGGGUGACAUACUAGGUUCUGCUAUGCAAAAUAUACAGAAUCUCCUCCAGAUGCCCUAUGGCUGUGGAGAACAAAACAUGGUCCUUUUUGCUCCUAACAUCUAUGUCUUGAACAAUCUAAAUGAAUCCCAGCAGCUGACUCCAGAAAUCAAGUCUAAGGCCAUUGGUUAUCUCAUCAAUUGAUACUGGAGACAGCUGAACUACAAACCAUAUUGCUCCUUUGGGGAGCAAUAUGGCAGGAAUCAGGGCAACACUUGGCUCACAGCCUUUGUACAGAAGAUUUUUGCCCAGUCUCAAACCUACAUCUUCAUUGAUGAAGCACACAUUACCCAAGCCCUCAUCUGGCUCUCCCAAAAUCAGAAGGACAAUGGCUGUUUCAGGAACACUGGGUCACUGCUCAACAAUGCCAUUAAGGGAGGAGUAGAAGAUGAAAUGACCCUCUCUGCUUAUAUUACUAUUGCUCUUCUGGAGGGUGCUCUUCCAGUCACUCACCAUGUUGUUCAAAAUGCCCUGUUCUGCCUGGAGUCUUCCUGGAACACAAUAAAGAAGAGGACCCAUGGGAGCCAUAGCUAUACCAAGGCAUUGCUGGCCUAUGCUUGUGCCAUAGUGGGAAACCAAGUUAGGAGGAGAAAAAUACUGAACUCUCUGGAUGAGGACCCUGUGAAAGAAGACAACUCAAUCCACUGAGAGCGACCUCAAAAACCCAGGACACCCGAGGAAUAUUUUUAUCAACCCCGAACUCCCUCUGCAGAGGUGGAGAUGGCGUCCUCCGUGCUCCUCGCUCACCUCAUGGCCCAGCAUGUCCCAACCUCAGAGGAUCUGACUUCCGCAUCACACGUUGUGAAGUGGAUAGCUAAGCAACAGAAUUCCUACGGGGGUUUCUCCUCCAGCCAGGACACAGUGGUGGCACUCCAUGCCCUGUCCAUAUAUAAAGCUGCCACUUUCACCAGGACUCGGAAAACUGCACAGGUGACCAUUCAAGAUUCAUGGACCUUUUCCACAGGUUUCCAAGUGGUCAACAACAACCUCCUAUUACUACAGCAGGUCUUGUUGCCAGAGCCACCUGGGGAAUAUGCCAUCACAGUGACUGGGGCUUUAUAUCUCCAGACAUCCAUGAAAUGUAAUAUUCUUCCAGAGAAGGAGGACUCCCCAUUUGCUUUGGAGGUGAAAACUCUGCCCCAGACUUGUGAUGUACCCAAAGCCCAGACUAGCUUCCAGGUCUCAUUGAAUGUCAGCUACAAAGGGAGCCGUCCUGUCUCCAAUAUGGUGAUUGUUGAUGUAAAGAUGGUAUCUGGUUUUAUUCCCUUGAAACCAACUGUAAAAAUACUUAAAAGAUCUAGCCACGUGAGCAGGACAGAAGUGAGCAAUAACCAUGUCAUCAUUUAUGUGGAACAGGUUUAG